CCUACAACUUCGAUUUACGAUAGCAACAGAAUCACUAAGCAAACAUCAAUCUCGGAAGAACAACGCAACAUCAUGUCACCCCCACAUUCUAUUCUCGCAGCUCUGAUACUCUUCGCUACCGCAGCUCACUCUUAUCCGACUGCCACCCCAUUAGAUCAAAUCGCUUCCAAUGCCGAUGCUCUUGAAUUGACCUUGAAGGAACGUUCUCCGAACCCACAGUAUUGGGCAAACCAAAUGAAUCCUGCACCAUCCGAUUCGUACCCGAACGAUCCCAGUGACAUUGCUCCCGACUUCAACCAUGACGGUGCUGCACUAUCCAAACGUUUCCCUACCGGUAACAACAUUGUGAAACCUUUCUAUAUCUCUCAGUUCAAUCCAUCAUCUCAGUCGGUAACACACAAUCCCACGACGGGCAAAGUGUCUUUCAGCGGCGGAGUGACCACGAUCUUCACGUUCAACAUGCCCUCUAAUCUGGCUGGGCGCAAGUGCACCAUAGGCUUUUCUUUGGAAUCUCGCGAUAAUAGUGUCAAGCUGUCGAACGGCAACCCGGUCGUCAUGGUUUAUUCUCGCGCCUCUGCUCCACCCCAAAUGAAUAUACGCAGCUGGACCACAGCCGGUUCCAAUCGCGUCGAUCACAUAGGCAACCUCAAACUCAAUCGCAACGGCAACGCCGAUAUAUUUGAGACUCCCACGUCACUACGGGACUUUGAUUGCAUGACCAUGCAGCGCGCAUGGGAGGUAGCUCCCAGGUUCAACGUUGAGGCAGAGUGGGGUAAUGGCGCGGGGAGUGGAAUGUACAUCUCGUAUAAAUGAUUCGGAGUUUUCGUGUUCUUUUUUCCCAGUUGGUCAUCCUAUUUGACUAUCUGUUUGAGCUUUCGUGGUAUUUCUGGUUUUCGUCUGUUCUGUAUUCCAGCUUUUCUGGCGGUAUUUCUGGGUUGCGAUAGUUAUUGAGCAGAUGUAAUCAGUGGAUAAUAACGUUGAGGUGAGAAGUAAACCACGGGUAUUAUUUUGGAUUUGAUGACGCUCUUU